AAAAGGCCUUAAUUCAUUCUAAUAUGGUUUGAUGAGUUAGGAAGGAGAUGGCCGCCCUCAGCUGCAUAGGGUGGUGGUUGGCUUGUUUCACGGCGUUGUGCAUUGUGGUGGUCGGAGAUGAAAUCUUCUUAGAGUGGCGCGUAAAAAUAGACGAGACCAUCAAUCCAGUAUCAGAAGAUCAACCGGUUAUCACCAUAAAUGAUUUAUUUCCUGGUCCUCUUAUAAAUGCAUCAACCAACGAUAAUUUGCAUAUCAAUGUGUUCAAUGAUAUGGAUGAGCCUCUUCUCAUGACAUGGAAUGGAAUUCAACAAAGGCUAAAUUCUUGGCAAGAUGGGGUUUCGGGCUCCAAUUGCCCGAUCCGGCCCGGUACCAAUUGGACUUAUGUUUUCCAAAUGAAGGAUCAAAUAGGCAGCUUCUACUACUUUCCUUCGCUUAAUUUUCAGCGGGCCGCCGGAGGAUUCGGCCCGAUCCGGAUCAACAAUCGGAUCAUCAUAAAUGUGCCAUUCCCAAAGCCCGAACAAGAGUUCGAUCUUCUUGUUGGCGAUUGGUAUUAUGAAAAUUUCACGGUUGUAAGGGCCACAGGCGGCGUGGGCCAUUUUCCAAAUCGGAUGCUUAUAAAUGGCAAAGGCCCAUUUAACGACCCAACUUCUAAGGCCCACGAGUCUUUUAAUGUAACCCAAGGAAAAAUCUACAGAUUCAGAAUCACAAACGUGGGCAAUUUGUGGAGCAUCAAUUUUAGGAUUCAGAGUCACACGAUGCUAUUGGUCGAGACGGAAGGAUCGUACACCAAUCAGACGUUGUUAAGCUCGCUCGACGUCCACGUGGGCCAGUCCUACUCUGUGCUCGUCACAGCGGAUCAAGCCCCGUCAGACUACUAUGUCGUAGCAACUCCUAAAAUAGGAGGGAAUAAUUCUAUUGCAGCUGUUGGGCUGUUGCAUUAUGACAAGUCCACCACAACUCCUAAUGGGCCGCUGCCAAUUGGGCCUGACCCAAAUGAUAUCAAUUUCUCCAUCAAUCAAGCUAGAUCCAUCACGAUGAACAUGACAACCGGUGCUGCAAGACCUAACCCUCAAAGCUCAUUUAAUGUGACAAACGUGACACUAUCACAAACUUUUCUUCUUAAUGGAAAGAUCGCCAUACUCGAUGGAGUCACUCGUUACACCAUCAACAAUGUGGCAUACAUAACUCCAUCUACUCCGCUCAAGUUAGCCGAUCAAUUUCUCAAUGGCUCCGGCGUCUACGAGCUCGACAAAUAUCCCGUCCACUCGGGGCUCCCCGCCCCCGUGAACGGGACAUUUGUCGUGUCGGGGUUGCAUAAGGGAUGGCUAGAGAUCGUAUUUGUAAAUGAUGGAGAUAUGUAUGACUCUUGGCAUUUGGAUGGCUAUGGGUUUUUCGUGGUCGGGUAUGGUCUAGGGCAAUGGACGCCCGAGGCACGUUCUACGAUGUACAAUUUGUAUGAUCCGAUCGUACGUUCAACUGUUCAGGUUUAUCCCGGUGGAUGGACGGCAGUGUAUGUAUAUUUGGACAAUCCAGGAAUGUGGAAUUUAAGGUCACAAAACCUUAAACGUUGGUAUUUAGGUCAAGAACUCUACAUUAGGGUUUAUGAUCCUGAUCCUAACCCUGCAAAAGAGAGACCACCUCCUUCCAACCUCUUAUUUUGUGGAGCCGUUUCAGCGCCUCCACCUCCAUCUCUACCCACUACACCGCCGCCGUCGAUCCCAGUUUCGGCUCCGCCGCCGCCAGCUUCAGCUGCUGCGAAGACAUCGCACAUAGGCUGGUUGUAUAUUGUAACGAGCUGCAUUCUUGCAGCCAUCUGAAGUGAGUGGAUGCUUAUUACUCCAGUUUCGGGUGGAAAUUAGUAUUGAAUGUUAAUAAGAUUAAUGGUCUAUCAUUUAUUUAUAAACAAGAAAUUGUUUUUUUACUGUUAUAAACUUACAGUGACUAUUUAAAAUACAUAAUCG